AAGAUGGCGGAGUCGGAGGAGGAGGUGGACGUCUUGGUCCAGCGAGUUGUCAAAGACAUCACCAAUGCCUUCAAGAGAAACCCCAACAUUGAUGAGAUUGGUGUGAUCCCGUGUCCAGAGGCCCGCUACAACCGCAGUCCCAUCGUGCUGGUGGAGAACAAGCUGGGUGUGGAGAGCUGGUGUGUCAAGUUCCUGCUGCCAUAUGUCCACAACAAGCUGCUGCUCUACCGCCAGCGCAAACACUGGCUGGAGAGGGAAGCUUUAGCGGAUAUCACCUGCACUCUGUUGCUGCUUAACCCGGACUUCACCACUGCAUGGAAUGUCAGGAAGGAGCUGCUGCAAUGCGGAGUCCUUAACCCAGAGAAAGACCUCUACCUGGGCCAGCUCGCCCUCACCAAAUUCCCCAAGAGCCCGGAGACAUGGAUACACAGGCGCUGGGUGCUGCAGCAGAUCCUGGGUCAGUGCUCUGCAGCGGACCGCAGCAAGAAGCCUCAGCAGGGGGAGGCAGAGCGGGGGGACGCAGAGCGGGGGGACGCAGAGCGGGGGGAUGCAGAGAGGAGCCAGCAGCUGGCCCGGACGCUCCACCAGGAGAUGAAGGUGUGCUCCGACGCCGCCUGCCGUUACCCCAGCAACUACAACGCAUGGUCCCACCGCAUCUGGGUGCUGCAGCACAUGGGCCAGGGCAACGUAAAGGUUCUCCAUGAUGAGCUGUCCUCCAUGCGCCUGUGGGUGUCCAUGCACGUGUCCGACCACAGCGGCUUCCACUACCGCCAGUUCCUGCUCAAGGCGCUGAUCACUGAGCUCUCCCAGACUCCAGCUUCCACCUCCUCCCCCCAGCAGCGGUGCAGCACAGCCCCCAGCAGCAGCAGCCGUCUCCACCACAGCCAGGCCAACGGGGAGCUGUCAGAAGCAGAGGCAGCCGCCGAUGAGGAGUGGCAGCUGAGCGCCAACACAGUCCUACAGCUGUUCCACCAGGAGAUGGAGCUGUGCUCAGACCUCAUCCAGUCCUUCCCCGGGCACGAGACCCUCUGGAGUCACAGGAGGCACGUGUUCUACUUGUGGCACCACUGGAGGAAGGAGCAGCAGCAGAAGGGCAGCACAAACGGAGAGAGCAGGUCGGAGGUCCUCAGCAGUAACGGGGACCCUGCCCCCCCCACGCUCAGCGCUCAGAGCUCUGCAGGUGGAGGGGGCGGUGUGAACGGACAGGGCCACGCUGCUGAAGCUAUGGAGGUCGACGGGGCGUCCUUGCCCGACCCGCGGGACAGCAAACGACUAAAGACAGGCGUCCUGCCGCCCAGCCCCCCCGCCCUGCCCUCUGAGCCCAGCUUUGUGAGCGGCUUUCUGGACGGCUGCUGCAACCCCGAGCAGAGACGCUUCGCCCUGGCAUACAAGAAGUGGUUAGACACUGUCAUCGGUCAGCAGCCUUGACGGAGAACAGGGAACCCCAUCCAGUUUCUCAACAUUGAAGUUGCCUUUAGACACAGAUUUAGGAUCAGCUGACUCACUGACAGUGUGUCCGAUGCAGCGCGGCGACUCUCCUCCUGACAGUGAGAGCGUGGGGGAGUUUGACCACGCCCAGUCUGUUCCUUCUCUGACACAUCUGGAUUCUCUUGAGCUUCAUCUGAGCCAGCACCCCUUCAGAAUGGAAAUGUUCACGAUGUGGCCACCACAGGUCACCUCAGGUCAAACUGCCACUGCUUCUGUUAGUGGCAGUUCGGCACUCUUCUGCACAUCUUACUUGGUUUCAGUAUUUCAGAAAUGCAGCUGCCACAGGAGGAGCACAAAGCAGAAUGUGCAUGCAUUCUAACUCUCGAAAAAUCUCACUUAACAAAUGAAAUAAUCAUAAAUAAAUAAAGUAGGAUAAAUAAAUGACACAAUCAUUUGUGAAAUAGUUUAAUAAUUAUUAAACCUCAAUUUAUUAUUAUGAAUUUACUAUUUUACAAUAACAGUUUUAUUUAAGUUUUUCUCUUCUUUCAAAAGUCUUAAUUCUAAAGUGAAAGCUGAGGGGGAAUAUGAAAAAUAAGAACAACAAUAGGAAAACUUCACUUUGCACAUUGCAUUAUUUAGGUUCCAGCGUUCUCUCGAUGAGACAUGCAUACUGACUGGUGCUCCAGAGACCUGACGCAGAGGAUCAUGGGAUCCCUUGGCCCUCAUUCCUUGCAGUGACAGGGUUUAAGCACACCCCGGUUUUCCUUCAAACUUCCUUAAUUUUCCGUUCUGAAGGUGGUAACAUUUAUUAAUCAUGUCAUGUUCUCUUCUUUUCCGUUCUGUGGGUCCUUGGUUUGCUGCUCCUGGUCAAUUUCUCUGCUGAAUAUUGUCACUAACUCCUAUCUAUGUAGCUAAGUGCUAAGUUACAGUAGCUUGCAACAGAAAGCCAAAAAAGCUAUUAGUUAGCUAAAUAUAACGUUAUGUUUACCAUGUGUAAAGUCAUAGCUAACUUGCAAAGUCUUACCUUCUGGCAACCUGAAGCACUUAAUAUAUAAGCAGAGAAAUGUUAGCUUUAGCAGUUUAGCGGCACUGAUGUUUGACUUGAAGGAUAAAGAGCGGGGGAGGUGGCCCCCCCCCGACAUUCUGUGGUGCUACAUGCUGCCGUUUCUACACCUACUUCAUCUGUUACAGGUGUGUAGUGUGCAACACUGAACAGCACUUUGGACUAUUUGAUGAUAAUAGGCAAUCAUGUGGGGUACUAUUGACUUACUGACUAUUUUUGAAAAUAUUGUCUGUUAUUUUGCACCAAGCUUGUUAACAUUAGUCCUUGCUGCUUUGUGUUACUACCUUGUACAAAAAUAGAGGUAACAUGAAAAAGGUCACGGUCUACCUUUUUGUAUUUGUGUUAAGGAAUAACUUCUAACACUCUUUUAAAAGUUGUAACAUGCUGCACAGUUCAUCCCUUCAAUAGAGUGGUGCAGUAACGGAAGUUAGCAUUGCAAGGGCUCACUCGACUAAAAGCAAUGGGAUUUUUCCUUUGGAUAAAAAGAUAGAAAAUAAGAUCAAACUAAAGUUAUUGAUACUUACACAUUUGUUCUGCAGGAUAAUCUCCACAUAUUAACACCACUUUAUGUUUUUUGAAGCUUAAAUGCAACUGCCAGAAGUAAAAAGUUAACGUUAGUCUGUAAGCUACAGCGCGGUCACAUGACUUCACAUCACCACCGCUAAGCUAAUGGCGGCUAAUGUUAAGUGUAAUGACCUUAGUCUCAUUUAGACGCUUGUUGGCAGCAGCUGUUUUUGUGACACAGAAGCUUCCAAAAUUCACUAGUGGGGCUUUUACUGACGUAUUUUAAGUCGUAAUUCUUUUUUGGAAAAUCUCUUCAGCUUGCUUUCAUCACAUACCUUAUUUCGGUAUAUCUAACCAAAAACGUGUUUAAUAAACGGUUGACCCCUUAGACGAGGGAUCAGGAAGUGGUAACAUGCUAACUCAUUUCCAGGAUUUUGGACUCACUCCUGCACCACUCUGUAAUGUAGAAGGUGUAAAUGCUAGCUCCUCUCACCACACUGUCUCAUCUGUAUUAAUGAGGAAAGAAUGGUGUGUUAGAACAUAUACUGGACUUCAGUUUGAAUAGGAUCUAUCGUUUUGGGACGUUAUGGGUCCUUCUCACUAUUUGUUUAGCUUUGUCAAUUAAUAUAUCGUCACACAAGGUAACAAACACACACAAUAACACGGAGGAAUUUGUUACAUUAGCAUUCACGAUAUAGUCUAGUUGCCUGCAUUGUGAACCCGGAAAUGUUGAGUGUCCCAAAGUUUUAUGUUCGAAAUGAAUAGUACGGAUCCAAAGCACAUAGAAACUGCCGGAUGCUAACUUGCAUAUGCACAAUUAGCAUACGUUGCGUUAAUUAAAUUGAAUGGCAUUAUAGCCUAUAUGUAAACAUUAUUUAAAAAAAAAAAAAGGACAUUUUUGGAUCAUUUUUGCAUGGUUUUGUGGGCUGAGGAUGCUGAAUCCAUUUUAGGAUAAAAAAUGUUUUAACCAGAAAAUGCCAAUAUUUGUACUCUCGUUGGCACAAGAAUAAAAUGAUUCUCUCUAGUGUGGACAAUUAAAUGAUCCAGAAUCCACUAAAACUUCAAAAUCGACCAAAAAUGUAUCAAAACCAGCCCAAAGAGAGUACAAAUAUGUACAUUUUCUGGUAUAAACUGCCAUUAUUUAUCUGGAAAAUGUCAGAAAUGUAUUUGGCAUCCUCAAUAACCUCCAAUACCACUUCAAAAUUGUCCAAAUCUGCCAAGCUAUUUUUAAACUGUUGUCAUAAUGGUAAUGAAUGCUUAUGCUAAUUGUGCAAAUUGCCCAGCAUAUGCAAGUUAGCAUCUGGCAGUUUGCUGGGGACCCGUACUAUACAUUUCUAACAUGAAGCUUUGGGGUACCCAAUAUAUCCUGGUUCACAAUAGUACUCUACGAGGUGGCAACUAGACUAUGUAUUCACAUGCAUCUCAGAUCACAUCUAAAUGUGCAGGAGCAUUGGCGUCCCAUUGGGCCCCCGGAUGCAGUGUGUGUAGUAUGUAGAGGUUCCUUCUGAUUGGCUACAUUGAGACGAUAUGCUGCGUUUGGUUUCCACUGUGCAGACGCUAGUCAAGCUCCCCAUUCCACCGUCUCCAUCAGCUUCCAUGUAACCCUUACCACUUUGUACCUUCUCUUAGAAACUACAAUGUAAGAGUUAUGAAGUAAGAUGCUUUGUCACCUCAGAUCACUGUGUACAUGAUCAUAGGAAAUCUUGAAACUAGUAUUUUUUGAGCCGUGUAUUCUUUAAGUUUGUAAACCAAGAACGGGUGCAUAUCAGAACUGUACGAUGGGGGUAUUUUAACAACCUUGCAGACCUAAGUACACACACUUUGAAUACAAGACUAUCUAUGCAGAAAAGUUUUUUUAAAGGUUCAACAAGCUUUUAAAAGAAUAAUGUAGCUUUUGUUUUUUUCUAAUUUAUUCUUCAGUUUACUUAUGUAUGUCCCCCAUGAAUAAUCCCUAGCAUCUCAUUCAUUUUCUAUUUAUUUAUAGAGUCUUUUAUCUUCACUUUCAGUGUUUUGUCAUUUGCUUACCAAGAUAAUAAAUAUCAUCUGGGAUAAAG